UGCACACACACACGCACACGCACACGCACAUCCGCACUUGCAUACACGAAGCACCUUUCGCACCUCUCCCCCCCUGCCUUUUCGUCACCUUUAUCGAGCCAUUGGCAACUAGAAACAUUCAUACCCGACAUUAAUUAUAUCCAUCAGCACAACCAGCUGCACCCAUCCUUAAUCUCGCAUCAUCAUCUCGCCCCCGUACUCAACUCCCCCUACACUUUUGAUUCACACGUCGAUUUCACACCAUUUCCUCCUACUUUGCAUACAACCCUCUCCAUCUACCUACUCUACAACAUAAUCUCUCACCAUCAUGAAGCGAUCUAGCUGCUGUCAAUGCUACUGCAUGCUCCUCAUCAUGGUGCUGCUCCCUAUUGCAGCAACUGCCAAACUACAUAGAAUUUCUGUCCAACAAUGGCCUGGGUCUAAUCCAAGGCCUUCGCGGGAACUACGCGCACACCACGACUCUAGGGUUGCGUUUAUGUCAAAGCUCCACGUCCUCAAUAGUAUGCACGACAAUACUCCCUCUUCAUCUUCAUCCUCAUCAUCCUCAUCAUCGUCAUCAUCAUCAUCAACAACAACAGUAUCCUCAGCAGCGACAGUAUCAGCAGCAACAAUAGCAUCGACUGCUCCACCCCCGACGGCGACUCAAGAGGCAUUCGAGCAAUAUAACAGCAACAAUAGCCUUUCUGAAGCAUCAACAUCAUCAUUCGAGAAGCGAGAAUUCCUAGCGGAUGAAUCUUCGGACUUUAAUACCAACGCUAUCUCGAAUCUGGACCGGAUUGAGCAGGAGCUAGAGUCACUUCAGAGAUUGCAGAAGCGAGCGUUUGUGGGAGUAGCUCCAGUGAGGGGGAACUCGCUCGAUACCCAAUGGGUUGCUGCCAUGCUUGUUGGGUCCCCAGCACAGGAGUUCUCGGUGGUGUUUGAUACCGGUAGCAGUGACCUCUGGGUCUCAUCGACGAGCUGUCAAUCGACGAUAUGUAUGACCCUUCGACGCUUCAAUCCUUCAAGGUCAAGCUCUUUUAUACAGAACGGACAGCCGUGGUCGAUCAACUAUGCGGACAACUCGUGGGUCUCGGGCGUGCUCGGCAUAGACGACAUUACAGUGGCGGGUAUCACGGUCAGCAGCCAGACGUUUGGAUUGGCAUCCGUCAACACAGGAUCGACAGCGGCCACAGGCGUGGACGGUAUCAUGGGAUUGGGCUUUGAUUCGAACUCGGAAAUGGGCAAUGUGAAGACGCCGGUAACGAACAUGUUGCAGCAGAACCAGAUCGACCAAGCGAUUGUCUCGGUCUGGCUGAACAAGGCCUCGAACCAGGACGCGAGUCUCUCGGACGGGGGCGAGUUCAUCUUUGGGGGCGUGGACCCAUCUCUGUACACGGGCUCGAUCACCUACGUCCCCGUGACCUCCUCGAAGGAAUGGCAGAUUUCAGUGGACCAACUCUUCAUCGGCCGGAAGGAGCUCUCGCUAUCGAAUUCAGCCUCGUCCGCGAUCGUGGACACGGGAUCGUCCUAUAUCUUGUUCCCGGAUUAUCUGGCGACGGCGUUCCAUCGAGCGAUUCCGAAUUCGCAGUACGACAAUAAGCUGGGAUGGUUGAUCCCAUGCGCACUGGCGAACUCGAGAAGCGUGGGGGAUCUGACGUUUGUGUUGGGUGGACAGAAGUUUAGUGUGCCGAUCUCGGAUAUAGUGAUUUUGAAAUCGGAGUAUAAUGGGUAUUGUCUGAGCGCGAUCGAUUCCUGGCAGGAACUGGCGGGACAUGGAUCGCAAUCUGGUAUCUUGUUGGGAGAUUUGUUCAUCAAGAACCAGUAUGUGGUGUACGACUAUGGCAAGAAGCAGAUUGGGUUCGCGACCAAGGUCGAUAAUGCGCCUGGGGGUAUUGGACUGAAUGCCAAGGGAACUGCAGGAUCCGGAUGGAGACAUAUGUUGGAGUCGAGUCAUCUUCGGACAGUGGUCUUGGGGCUGGUCGUGUCUUUGUUGGUGUCGUCGAUCUAGAAAAUAUCCCUUUUUUUCUUCUUCUUGUGUAAAAUAAAAUAAUGUUUAAUAACGGCUCAAAUAGUUCGAGAUAA